CAUAGAAAAUCCCAAUUAUUACUAAAAGACUAGCAAUCAGUUGCAAAUAUAUUGAAUCGUAAUUUCCGUAUUUUAAUUAAAUCAAUUUAUUUUAAACUUAUUCUAUUUUAAAGGAUAUAGAUGUGUGUUGAAGACAAUUUUCGAUGCGGUCAAGUGCAAGCGGUUGGAGGGCAAGUGAAAUAAGCAGAUAAAAGAAAAAAGAUUUAAUACAUAUAAAAAAAACUCCACUACCACCUCCCUUUUCAAUAAGGUCAGCAAAAAAUAUCGAUAGCCGUCAUCAUUAAAUAAUUAAUCAUGCCUCAAUCAAGACAAGUUGCUGCUGAGGUUGUUGCUAAUGCAGCUGGUUCACAGCCAUUGGUUAAAAUUGGACAUUAUUUGCUUGGCGCCACCCUUGGCACGGGCACCUUUGGCAAGGUCAAAAUUGGAGAACAUCAAAUGACAAAACAUAAAGUAGCUGUUAAAAUUCUUAAUCGACAAAAAAUAAAAUCACUUGAUGUCGUUGGAAAAAUUCGUCGCGAAAUACAAAACUUGAAAUUGUUUCGUCAUCCACAUAUUAUAAAAUUAUAUCAGGUAAUCUCUACACCAACAGAUAUAUUUAUGAUUAUGGAGUAUGUAAGUGGUGGUGAAUUAUUUGAUUAUAUUGUCAAACACGGCAAAUUGCAAGAACAUGAGGCACGUCGAUUUUUUCAACAAAUAAUAUCAGGUGUCGAUUAUUGCCAUCGACACAUGGUUGUGCAUCGUGAUUUAAAACCAGAGAAUUUGUUACUUGAUCAUAAUAUGCACGUAAAAAUAGCUGAUUUUGGGCUAUCUAAUAUGAUGUUAGAUGGUGAAUUUUUACGCACUUCAUGUGGAUCACCAAAUUAUGCUGCACCUGAAGUUAUAUCUGGCAAAUUAUAUGCUGGCCCUGAAGUAGAUAUAUGGUCAUGUGGCGUGAUAUUGUAUGCGUUGUUGUGUGGUACUUUGCCAUUCGAUGAUGAACAUGUACCAACACUAUUCCGAAAAAUUAAGUCUGGUAUAUUUCCAAUUCCGGAAUAUUUAAAUAAACAAGUUGUAAAUUUGGUCUGUCAAAUGUUGCAAGUUGAUCCCUUAAAACGUGCUAAUAUGGAAGAAAUUAAGAAGCACGAAUGGUUCCAAAAAGAUUUGCCUACUUAUCUAUUUCCAUCAUCUGUAGAGCAAGAUUCUAAUGUUAUUGAUACUUAUGCUGUUGAUGAAGUAUGCACAAAAUUCGCUGUUAAAGAUGCUGAAGUUCAUAAUGCGCUUUUAAGUGGUGAUCCACAUGAUCAGCUAGCUAUUGCCUACCAUCUAAUUAUAGAUAAUAAACGAUUUGCAGAUGAAGCGGCUAAAACAGAUAUUAACAAUUUCUUCGUAGCAGGUUCUCCACCACCGGUGGCUCAUUCACCAAUUGAUCGUAGUGCUGAGGUAGCUGUAAGCGUAGCAGGACCUAAUACAGUUCCAACAGUAACAGCAUCAAGUGCACCUUUAUCAAGUUUGCGACCACAUCCGGAACGUAUUGCACCUAUGCGUGAACGACAAUUGGCAAUGUCUGUACAAUGUUCAGGCGGUGCAGCUUUUCCAGAAAAAGCAGCACGUGGAACACCAAUCAAACGUGCUAAAUGGCAUCUUGGUAUAAGAUCACAAAGUAAACCAAAUGAUAUAAUGUUAGAAGUAUACCGUGCAAUGAAAGCACUUGAUUAUGAAUGGAAAAUUAUAAAUCCAUAUCAUGUACGUGUACGACGCCAAAAUACAAAAACGGGCAAAUAUUCUAAAAUGUCACUGCAAUUGUAUCAAGUUGAUGCUAAAAGUUAUUUGCUGGAUUUUAAAUCUCUGACUAAUGAAGAAGUUGAACAAGGUGAUGAUGUUAUAAUGGAAAGCUUGACACCACCACCGUUGAGUCAGGCUGGUUCAAUGCCACAACAACCAACUGGACAUCAUACAAUGGAGUUUUUUGAAAUGUGUGCUGCUUUAAUUAUACAACUUGCACGUUAAUUUCUAUAUUUAAAAAAAUCUAAUUAAAUUUUUAGUUGUUAUAGAUUUUGCAUAUAUGCAGUUUUUAAGUUUUCGCUAUCAUUUAUUCCUUUUAAAAGAAUCUAUAACUGAUUCAGAAUUGAACUUUUGGAAUGGUUUAAAUACAAUAUAUAUUUUUUUAUAGUAAAUAAUGAUAUAAGGAAGAAAUUGUGCAAUGGCUUUAUUUUUUCUUGUUUUAUUUUUAUAAAAAUUACUUUGUUUUUAUGUAUAUCUUUUAAAGAAAUCUUGUAUUACAAGAAUUAAAAAUGUGUUUAGUUUGUAGUAAUGUUUCAUCAUAAUUGUUUUUCAAAUUAAUACAUUAAACUAUGUUAUAAAUAUAUUUUAAAAAUAAAAAUGUUUGAAAAGAAUUUUAAAUAA